AUGUCGUCGUCGACGCCUUCAUCGGUGACGACACCACUGACGACGUGGUGGAAUAACAUGACACUAUCGGGCAUCUAUCCAUCCAUUUCCACUUCCACUCCAUCCACUUCCACAUCCUCCUCGUGGAGUUCACACUUUAUAUUUGGUGGUUACGGUAGUAAUGGAGGCUCCGCCCCCUCCACCGCCAACACACCCCAAUCUACAGUAGCCCCGUCGGCACUGUCCAGCGGGUAUACGGAGGAUAUUACGGUGGCGGGAAGUCUGUUGAAGGAUAAAAUAAAUGGACUCAUGGAUUCUCUGAUGGGAAGAGAAUCGGUUCAUGCCGGGUGUGGAUAUGGAGAGGACGGACGCAUUGCUAUGAUGGUCGACAAAGUGUACCUAGUGGAUCGUCUCGGUACACACGAGAAUCUCGUCGGCACCGUCCACGUCACCACCACUCACAUCAUAUUCCGAGCGGAGAAUGGGACGAAAGAGCUCUGGUUGGCCACGGGGCUUAUUGCCUCUGUGGAGAGGGGGACACUGACGGCCGCAGGGUGUAUGCUCGUGAUUCGGUGUAAACAUUUUCAGGUGAUAACUCUCCUAAUAAGCCGUGACAAAUCGUGUCAAGACCUCUACGAGACACUCCAACGAGCCGCGAAACCUGUUUCAGUGAACGUGACCGAAUUGCUCGCAUUCGAGAAUCGAGAGCCAGUGGACGAUGCUCGCGGAUGGAAACGACUGGAUUGGGCGAAUGAGAUGGCGAGGCAGGGUGUGUCCCAGUCGAAAUGGAUACAAUCGCCCAUUAACGAGGGGUAUACGAUCUGUGACACGUACCCCGAUAAACUAUGGUUCCCGACGGCGGCAUCGACGUCCGUCCUCCUCGGUUCAUGUAAAUUCAGAAGUCGUGGACGUCUCCCAGUCCUCACGUACUAUCACCGUCAAACCGAAGCGGCACUAUGCAGAUGCGCUCAACCGCUCACCGGUUUCUCGGCGCGAUGUGUAGAAGACGAGAAGUUGAUGGAAUUGGUGGGAAAGGCGAAUCCGAAUUCCGAGAAUUUAUUCUUGGUCGAUACUCGGCCACGUGUCAACGCGAUGGUCAACAAGGUGCAAGGAAAAGGGUUCGAGGACGAGCGGAACUAUUCGAAUAUGCGUUUUCACUUCUUCGAUAUCGAGAAUAUUCACGUGAUGCGCGCCUCACAGUCACGUCUUCUCGACGCUGUCACCAAGUGUCGUGACGUGGCAGAAUACUGGAAGACGUUGGAAUCAUCCGGGUGGUUGAAACACGUGCGAAGUGUUGUCGAGUGUUCGUUGUUUCUGGCGGAAUCGAUUAGUCGAGGCACGAGUUGUGUCGUUCAUUGCUCUGAUGGAUGGGAUAGAACGUCGCAGGUAGUAGCAAUGUGUCAACUGCUGCUCGAUCCCUACUACCGUACCAUUCACGGUUUUCAAGUUUUAAUCGAAAAGGAUUGGCUCGGUUUCGGACAUAAAUUCGAUGAUCGAUGUGGACACGUGGGGGCACUGAAUGACGAGGCGGGCAAAGAAGUGUCGCCGAUUUUCACGCAAUGGUUGGAUUGUAUUUGGCAGAUUAUGCAACAGAAGCCGAGGGCUUUUCAGUUUAAUGAACGCUACCUGAUCGAAAUGCACGAACACGUCUACUCUUGUCAAUUCGGGACGUUUAUUGGGAAUUGUGAUAAGGAUCGGAGGGAUCUCAACCUCGCGAAACGUACAAAAUCGCUGUGGACAUGGAUGGAUGCUCGACACGACGACUACAUGAAUCCAUUCUACUCGCCGACCGCCCACGUCGCCCUCCUCGAUCUGGACACCCGUGCCGCCCGUUUCACCGUCUGGACUGCAAUGUACAAUCGAUUCGACGCGGGAUUACAGCCACGCGAACGGCUGGAAGAUAUCACAAUGGCAUCGAUGGAACACGUCGGAGUACUCGAAUCACACGUCGCACAGCUGAGAACACGACUCGCCGAGUUGAAAGGCCAACAGCAACAAAUGACAGCGGCGACCACUCCGACGAAUAUGGUUGACAGUGGGAUGAGCAGUGCGACGGACGAAUUGAAAAAUCUCUCUUUAACAAGCCAUCCACUGGAUCCUCUUUCACCCGUCUCCCCACCUCAUCCACUGGAAAGAGCGACGUCACAGGAAUCUGGAGUCAUGGAUUCGUCGUUGUACUAUCCGGAUGAGGUGUUGACAAAAUACUCGUUGAAAUGGCAACCACUUCGAGGAGCGGAUCGAUGCUCGAAUCCGGCGUGUCGUGGAGAGUUCUCGUCGACGAUUGAGAGACGGAUUCAUUGUCAUUUGUGUGGAAUGAUCUUCUGUCGUCGAUGUCUCAAAGUGACAGCCGACGAACGUGAACGUGUAUGUGACAAGUGUAAAGCGGAUUGA